CUUCUAGGCGCUGCUGCUGCUGCUGCUGUGGCUGGUUUGAAACCGACGAGGAUUCCCUGAGCUGCGGGGAUGGCCGAGGCCUCGGGCCCGGAGGAGCAGCGCAGCGCAGCCCGGCCCGGCUGCGGCACCGGCCUGGGUGACCGGGCUGCCCCUGUGCCGUAUGCCUUCCUUGUCUUCUUACUUCACUUGAAUCACAUAUUUACGGGUUUUGAGACCCAUGGUGACAUUUAUACUAUGGGAAAAAGAAUGUAAUUGCAGCGUGCCCACAAGCCUCAACAGGUGGAGGAUUUUCCAGUUACAUGAAUAGAAACUUUAUUGCCCACUGCAUCCCCAUUAAAACAUCCACAGCGUUUACAGUAUCUGGUAUGCAAAAGGAAACUUGAAAGUAAAAAGGAGGCAUUGCUCAUCCUUUCCAAAGAGCUGGACACCUGUCAGCAAGAAAGAGACCAGUACAAACUUAUGGCCAACCAGCUGCGGGAACGACACCAGUCUCUGAAAAAGAAGUAUCGGGAGCUGAUUGAUGGGGAUCCAUCACUUCCACCUGAAAAGAGGAAACAGGCAAAUCUUGCUCAACUACUGAGUGAGGCUCAAGAUCGAAAUAAACAUCUUGGAGAAGAGAUUGGAGAGCUUCAGCAGAGACUGGGAGAAGUACAAGGGGACAAUAAGCUCCUUCGAAUGACCAUAGCAAAGCAAAGACUGGGAGACGAUGAAGUUGGGGCUCGCCACUUUGCAGCACAUGAACGGGAGGACCUUGUUCAACAGUUGGAAAAGGCUCGAGAACAGAUUGAGACUCUGAGAUAUGAUCUUCAGGCUGCACUGGAUGAGUUACAGGAUGUGAAAGAGGAACGCUCUGUUUACCAAGAUAAGUCUGACAGACUAAACCAAGAGUUGAAUCAUGUCUUAGGAGGGCAUGAAAACCGUAUCAUUGACAUAGAUGCUCUAUGUAUGGAGAACAGGUAUCUUCAAGAGAGAUUAAAACAACUUCAAGAGGAAGUCAACCUUCUGAAGUCCAGUAUUACUAAAUAUAAGAAUGCACUAGAGAGACGAAAAAAUUCAAAGACUCAUAGUAGAUCCAGUAGCAGUGCUCUGACUGGAGUCCUUUCUGCAAAGCAAGUCCAAGAGUUGUUGUCGGAGGAUCAUGGAUGUAGCCUACCAGCCACACCACAAUCCAUUUCAGAUCUCAAAUCACUGGCCACUGCAUUACUGGAAACCAUCCAUGAAAAAAACAUGGUCAUACAACACCAAAGACAAACCAACAAAAUUCUAGGUAAUCGAGUGGCAGAACUAGAAAAGAAAUUAAGAACUUUGGAAAUCGCUGGCUUGUGGAGUCUUCCAGGUGGGAAGGAUACGAUAACAUUCAGUGACCCCGCCCUGCCUGUGAUACAGCGGUCCAGGUCACCGUUGUUAACAUUUGCGGAUAAACCUCGGAGAACUGAAGUACAAGCAGAACAGAAGGGAGAACGUGAUGAAACUGAUGCUGUUGCAAGUGAGUCUCUGGCUCCAGAGGGAACAAACUUAAAUAACAGAAUCCAAAAUAAACAUUUUUACCCUUCAUUACCCCAGCUACCUUCUGAGGAGGAAGACAUAAACAAGCUUGGAAGUCAGAUAAUUAAACUGACAGUUGCAGAACUGGAAGGGAAAAGAGGAGGCGCUCCUGUGGGGGAGCAGAACGUGGGAAUUGAAGCAGAGCUUAAUGAUUCAUCAGAGGCAGAGUUCCCACUUUCCAGCCCUGAUCCAUCUGACCCCACAGAUCCCUCAAACUCUGAGAGUGAACGAACAGGUGAAACUGAGGCCCUGAAAGACAAUGGCAAAACCUUAGAGAGAGAUUGUGAAAUUCCAAAUGAAAGAGAGGAUCAAAACAGCAGCACCAUGGAUGUGGUGCAUACUGAGGACGCUGGAAGGCAUGGAGGGCUCAGUGUUAAAACUGCAGACACAAAUAACAGCUUUGAGCAGCUCUCUGAAUCUGAAAAAAAGAAACCAUCUGAUGCUGCUGAAAACCGUGAAUAUUUGGAUAACAGUUUGGCUUGAGCUCAUAUAAUGAAAAUGAAGCAAGCUAUUUCACCAGAUACUGAGAGCCCAAUUUAAUGAAGCUCCGAAGGAAACAUCAUCAGAGAAGCCAGAAGUCUUACUGUAAGAAACAGCAAUGCUGUUCUAAAGCAAAGAAAACAGCAAGAGGAGAACCAGUGAUGUCCUGUCCAGCUACUUGGCUGUCAGUUUCUGGAAUUGCAUUCCUCUACUUACAGGAGCUGGAGCAGGCCUUUGGGCUUAGUUAAUGGGUGAUAGGUUUCAGCCUACUCCAUCUGUCCUCUCCUUUCUAAAGGAAUUUUGUGUCUUUUUUAUUUUUUUAUUACUUGGAAUUAAGGAUAACUCUUCCUUUCCUCCUCAUUUCACCAGUCUAUGGUAUGAUAGAAGGAUUAUUUGCAUUGUUGCCACUUUUUUAAACUUCUUCUCCUGAAGAGGUUUAGUCAUAGAAUAACAUUCCUAUAAUAACUGGGGAAAAGGGAGCUGCUGUGUCCUUCCCUAGCUUGGUCCUAAUGCUGGGGCUGUGCCACUCUGCUUCUUGGAAGGCAGCAACGAGGGAAUACUUAACAUUGAAGUUAGCAGCUGUUGGGGAAGGGGAGGGAGGUCUUUCCUCUCCUGUUUGUAGCAUAAGGAAUAGUCUCUGCAGCUGUGGAAUUUCUGAGGGCCAGUAGCUGUCAAGGCAAUUUUUCUGCUGGCUAGGGACCUAAUUGUCUAUAAAUGUUCAUUUCUCACUCCUAGAACUUGAAACUAAUCAGAAAGAAUUAAAGCAAAUUUAAUAAAAUACUACUAAUAAAAAGGAAAAUCCCUCCCAGACUGAGUACUUCUUUGACAAAUAACUGCCAGCUGCAAGUUUUUUACAGCCCACUUGUCAGCUGCUGAAUAAAGAGAGUUUAUAUUAGCAGUACUGACAAACUCUUCUGUAUGUGUAAGAUGAGGUAGCAGGUGCUGCCAUAAUCAAGGUGUCAGAGCCCAUGAAUGGUUUUUAUUCAGCAGAAGAAAGGUUGUAUGUAAAUUAUCACAUAUAAAUAUAAGGAGUGAUAGUUGGAAGGUGAAAAAUGUGGCUUGUCUCUGUUCUCAUGUGUUUUCCCUAGCAGGUGCAUUUGUGUAACCCUUUCAAUGUCGGUCUGCAGGAUACAAAGCCAUACUUAUAGUGUUCCUCAAAUAUGUGUACUUUAUCUUUAAGGGUAAUUGGACAUUGCAACAUUCCACUGAUGUUAAGCAGCAGUCCUUAGGAACAAAAGUUAUAUAAAUAGUUAAGCGUAUUAGGGACAUGAAGCAGUAAAAAGGUUUUAUUUUGUUAUCUUGCUCACCAUUAAAAUUCCUCAUUACCUGAAUAAAACCCAAGAGUUUAAGUGUUUGAAAGAGUGUUAAGAUGUUCCCAGUAAUUGUAACUGACUGCAUUACUGACUCAUUUUUGUGACAGUCAGAAGAAAAAUAGCUGUAGAAACUAAAAUCUCCAGGAGAAUUUGCAGGAUUUUCUCCUCUAAUGCCUGAAUGUCACAUGAAGUAGCAUUUUGAGAUGUAUUUUUUCCAUCCUUCACAGACUGAUCCUGCAGAGCUAAAUAUCAAUGCAGUCAGAACUGAGGCAAGCAAAUAAGAAGGUCAAGAUUUCAUGUGUUGAGCUCAAAAACAUUGAGAGUCUUUUACUAUUUCCCUGCCCUGUGUCUUUCCUGACCCAGAGAUGUGAGAAUGAGCAUUUUGCUCACAGUCCCUUAACAGCCACUUAAUGCUAUUAGUUAAUGAAGAGCUUGGUGUAAGGUUGAAGCAGUGCUGGAUCAACAGCUUUUUAGUGCCUCACUUGCUGAGUCUUUUCCGUAGGUCUUUUCUGUGAGAGUAUAUUGAUGUACAACCCAACAAUUAGGGAAUCUUGGUAAUUGUCCUCACACCAUUCUCCCUCCUAGAUGCAAUUUUUAAGCCUUUGCAAUCACUAAAUUCCAGUAAGAUACAUAGAUCUCUGAAAACCUCAUUUCCAGUGUGAUGCCGCUGCUGCGAUACUGAUCCUCUCCUUUCUUUUCUAGCAAAUGUGUAUUCUAGCUACAUUUUUAGCUUUCUCCCAGGAACACAAGACUUCAAAGCAAGGAGACUUGUAAAAGUAAGACAUUGUUGCUGCACUAGGUGAUAAGUAAUUAAAUAUUCUUGUCAGUAUCUUCCUCGGAUAUUGCUUUAAUUAAUAUUGUUGUGCUAAUAUAACAAUGAUUUUUUUUUCCCAGUAAAUUUAACUAGUGUUUUUUUGUGGACUCAACUUUACCUUAGAUUUGGAGGGGUUGGUUUUGCUUUUUUGUUUUUUUAAGACCUGUGUUCCCUUUUUCUACUACUUUAGAAGUCACAACCGGACAUGUAAGCCUUUUUGGUGUUUGGCUUUGGGGAAGCAAACUGGGAAGGGAAUUUUGUGGCAGGAGUAUGGAGAAGCUGCAUUUCACAAACUAAUUUUAAGGAGGCUGUCGUACCUAAAGGUGAAGUCAUGCAUUAUCUGUGGGAAGGAUUUCAUUUGAAAGUAUGAUAAUGUGGUUAUUGGAAAAAUAAUGUUCUCUGAAUUUGUAAAAUAAGUGUGUGAAAAUGACAGAUUAAGAAGCAUCUUUUAGAAUGCUGCUUCUUUUCUAAGUAAGACUAUUUUUAAGCAUAUGGGAAUUUGUAUAAUAAAGACAGUGGGAUUUCUUUAAUCCCUAUGAGCUCAGGAAUGUAUUUCAAAAUCUUAACUGAGAUUAAGUUGAAAAUCUGCUACAUUUCUAAAAGAUAGCACUUGGUUUACCAGCUUCUGUUUUGUAGUUUGCUUUCUAAAUUAUGCAGUUUAAUUUAUUUGCAAACUAGUCUUUUGUUGCUGCCUGGAUUAACAGCACAACGUGGUUAAACUAUAUUAAUAAAUUUUGUCAUCUUUAAUAAAAACAUUUACUGAUA